AUAUAACGUCAGCGCCCGUCAGCUGAAAGCGCAACCUUAAUUCCUCAAUAACAACCUCAUUUCAUCAAUCCAAACCUCAAUAGCGCACCCUAAAGCUUACCUCAUACACCAUCAGAAUGUCUUCCUCUCAAUCUGCGCCACAAGAGCUGUCCGAGAUGAGAAACUCUCAGUCUCUUGAGACCAAUCAACCCAAGUCUCAGCAAUCAAUGGAUCCUCAGAAGGCCCCCGAGACAGCAGAUCCUCAAAUGGAGCUCCGCGGAGGUGGUGCUUGCGAUGGCAGGCUCUGCGGCAUCAUUCCAUGCCCAAUUCCGAUCAACUGCUGGAUCAUUCCUUGCCCUUGUUAAGAGAAUAUCCUAGAUGGAUUCUUUCGAUCGUCGUUUCCGUUUAUUAUUUACAAUAUACUCAUCGUAUACCAAAUGCUGGGCUAGUUAAUAAAACAAUGUUGGUUUUUCACUCAUCACUUGACGCUUUUUAUGACGUCAUCUCCUCAAAGCAACUGGAAACUUCCACGAGCUACGCGUUGCUCUUGUAUGAGGCUUUAUCCCAUUUCUAUUUCACAUGGCACAGCUCUAGUUUUGAUCUCUUUAUUUUAGGCGUAGAAAACAAAUUAUUUCUUUCUUUCAAAC